GAUGUCUACUUCGCUAUUUGAAGUAUUAAAAUGACCAGAACCUCCGUGGCUGUGCUUUCUCGGUGGUUUUUGAACGACGGAAACUCUUGACAUUCUCAUCAAAUUCCUGAUAAACCUAUCGCUCUUGAUAUCUGAAAUUUUGUCCCUAACCUAACAGUUGAGUUUCUCUUGUUUAUCUUCUUCAUUUCUGUGACCUGUUGUCGAUCGCUGCCGGGUCGCCGCGUUCUUCUUUUUCCCGGUUGGUUCUCUCAGUCUUGUUUGGAGUGCUUUCUAUCGCUUUUCAUGGUAAAUUAUAUGGUUUGACUAUGUUCUUCAUUUUCGUCGUCUUAUUUGGUUGAGUUUUGACGGUUUCGCAGAAACCUUCGUCGUGUCUUGAUCACAAGACCCGUGGUUGGUUUCCUUUUUGAAUGUUUGUUUCAGGUGAGAGCCGGACUUCCUUUCUUUUCCGGUUGAGAUUUUGUGAUCUAGAAGUUUGGCUGUUACUUGGAGCGCCCUUUUAAAUUUCGAGUACUUAUGACAUAUAUACUCUGGGAUAUUUAUCAAGAUAUUUCCUGCAGAAAUUGGAUUUUUUGUCAUUAAUUUAACUGUGCUUGUACCAUUGUUUAUCAACAUAACUCUCCCUGUAACAAUCAUGGUAUCAAGAUCAUGUGCCAAUUUUUUGGACUUAGUUUCUGGGGACUUUCUGGAUCUCUCUCAGACUCCAAGAUCACUUCCACGGGUGUUGACUGCUCCUGAAAUUAUCUCUGAUUUGGAUGAUAAUGUUAAUAAAGAUGAAGAUUCAUAUGUUACCCCAUCUGUAUGCCAUGGGCGAAAAAUUAUUGUUGCAAACCUGCUCCCACUACAUUCUCAGAGGGAUACCAAAACGGGCAAGUGGUGCUUCAGUUUUGAUGAGGAUUCUAUUCUGUUGCAACUAAAGGAUGGUUUCUCAUCUCAAGCUGAGGUUAUUUAUGUUGGCUCUCUGAAAGUUAACAUAGAUGCUAGUGAACAGGAAGAAGUUGCCCACAAGUUGCUGGAGGAUUUCAAUUGUGUUCCCACAUUUCUUCCAACUAACCUUCAGAAGAAGUUUUACCAUGGAUUCUGUAAGCAACAACUGUGGCCUCUUUUUCAUUAUAUGCUGCCUAUUUGUCCGGAUCAUGGUGAUCGCUUCAACCGAUCACUUUGGCAGGCAUAUGUUUCUGCAAAUAAGAUAUUUGCAGAUAGGGUCAUGGAAGUUAUAAAUCCAGAUGAUUAUGUAUGGAUUCAUGAUUAUCACCUUAUGGUUCUUCCUACUUUCUUAAGGAAGCGGUUAAACCGAGUCAAGCUUGGUUUCUUUCUUCACAGUCCAUUUCCUUCAUCAGAAAUCUAUCGGACUCUGCCUGUUAGAGAUGAAAUAUUGAGAGGAUUGCUAAAUUCAGAUCUGAUCGGUUUCCACACUUUUGAUUAUGCUCGGCACUUUCUUUCUUGUUGCAGUAGGAUGUUGGGCAUAGACUAUGCAUCUAAACGUGGGUACAUUGGAUUAGACUACUUUGGUCGCACGGUAUACAUUAAAAUUCUGCCCGUUGGUAUUCAUAUGGGUAGACUGGAAUCUGUGCUAAAUCGUCACUCUACUUCCAUCAAAGUCAAAGAAAUCCAAGAAAAGUUUCAAGGGAAAAAAUUAAUUCUUGGGGUAGAUGACAUGGACAUAUUUAAAGGUAUCAGCCUGAAAUUGUUGGCUGUGGAGCAGCUUCUUCAACAGCACCAGGAAUUACAAGGCAGGCUAAUCUUGGUUCAAAUUGUGAAUCCUGCAAGGAGUACAGGGAAAGAUGUCCAGGAAGCAGAAAGAGAAACAUACUUGAUAGCCAGAAGGAUCAACGAAACUUUUGGUUCACCAGGCCAUGAUCCAGUUAUCUUAAUUGACCAUCCUGUUCGAAAUUAUGAAAAGAUUGCCUUUUAUGCUGUGGCGGAAUGUUGCAUUGUAAAUUCUGUGAGGGAUGGAAUGAACCUAGUUCCAUACAAUUACGUAGUUUGUAGGCAGGGAACUCAGCAUAUGAACGAAGCUUUGGGUGUGGCAGUGGAAACGCCUCGUACAAGUAUGCUUGUUGUCUCUGAGUUUAUUGGUUGCUCACCAUCUCUAAGUGGGGCAAUCAGGGUCAACCCAUGGGAUGUUGAUGCUGUAGCUGAUGCAUUGAACAUGGCCAUCACCAUGCCUGAUGCUGAGAAGAAAUUACGACAUGAGAAACACUAUCGUUAUGUUAGCUCUCAUGACAUUGCUUAUUGGGUCCGCAGCUUUAUGCAGGAUUUGGAGAGAGCAUGCAGGGAUCACUACAAUAAACGGUGCUGGGGAAUUGGUUUUGGCUUGGGUUUCAGAGUUGUUGCUCUUUCUCCAUGUUUCAGGAAGUUGUCUGUUGACCAUAUUGCCUCUGCAUACAAGAGAACCAAUACAAGGGCAAUAUUUCUGGACUAUGAUGGUACUAUUGUGCCUCAUGCAUCUAUUAACAAAACUCCAAGCACUGAUGUCAUCUUAAUUCUCAAUAACCUGUGCAAUGAUCCUAAGAACACUGUGUUUAUUGUUAGUGGUAGAGGGCGGAGUUCUUUGAGUGAGUGGUUUGCCUCUUGUGAAAUGCUGGGAAUAGCUGCUGAACAUGGGUAUUUCAUUAGGUGGAAAACAUCCUCUGAUUGGGAAUCCAGUCCAUUAGCUUCUUUUGAUUGGAAACAAAUUGUAGAACCUGUCAUGAGACUUUAUACAGAAACAACUGAUGGCUCCUAUAUAGAGUCAAAGGAAAGUGCACUGGUUUGGCACCAUCAAGAUGCAGACCCUGACUUUGGAUCCUGCCAGGCAUUGGAACUGUUGGAUCACCUAGAAAGUGUACUUGCAAAUGAGCCAGUUGCUGUUAAGAGAGGGUAUCAGAUUGUUGAAGUUAAGCCACAGGGAGCAAGUAAAGGGUUGGUUGCAGAGAAGAUCCUAUCUGCAAUGGUCAGUAGUGGUGAGCCACCAGACUUUGUCAUGUGCAUUGGUGAUGAUAGAUCUGAUGAGGACAUGUUUGAGAGCAUAUCAAGUACAGUUUCUAGUCCAUUGUUGCCUGCAGUUCCAGAAAUCUUUGCAUGCACCGUGGGGCAAAAGCCUAGCAAAGCUAAGUACUACCUGGAUGACACAGUGGAUGUUGUGAGGUUGCUUCAAGGACUAGGUACUGCUUCAAAUCUUAAGCCAAGAAAUAUUGACCAAAUUCAUGUUUCCUUCGACGGUUUAGUUUGAGUUGAACAGGGAGUCCCAUUAUUUUGUGCAUCAAGAUGAGCAGAAGCGGAAUGGUUUGAAUGUGGGUUGGCAGGGUCACCAAUUAUGUACAUAUUUUUGAUUGGUUACAAAUUGUACAUUGAGUACGUUGUUUGCCAGUAUGAUGCUGGAGAGAUUCUCUGCCAAGAAAAGAAUCAGUAUAAAAGAUUCAGCUGGUAAGGUAGUGUGAUAUAUAUAUAUUUGAGAUCCCGCGAGUGCAGUUUCAGCAUUGUGAGGAGGCUAGAGGUAUCUUUCGCUCCUGAGGGUUGUUCUGCUAGACUUGGAUCUUUUUAUGGCUUUGCAAAUAGAUGAAUGGUGGAUGUAUCAGCAUGAUGGGAGAGUUAAAUUUUUAGAAUUUAAUGACGGGAAGUGAUGGGCAGCAGCAGGUAUUUUGGGUGUCACUGAAAGUAUCUUGUAAUCCGGUGCCAUUUGAUCUGGAGUUUUAGAUGUUAAUAGUAACUGUUCUUGCUAAUCACGAGGCACCAUUGAUUUGUAUAGUUAACUGUAUUCACAGAAACUCAAACUGUCUUUAUGUUAAACGUCCUAGAUCCUCACAAAAUGCUUUACUGAUCUCUCUCUCUCUCUCUCUCUCUCUCUUCAGUGCUAGUAUGCAGCACAUAACAUGUAAUCCUUGCAAGGAAAAAUGAUUACUUAGCUUCGAUC